UCCUGCAGUGAUUGUGUCUCUGGUCACUGACGCGUGGAAACCAGGGUUUACUGUGACUCCUUUAUGCGCAACUCUUAGUCUGUCUGACUUAACGAUCAGCCGCAUUUAGUCAUCGACCAUGGACCUGAACAAUGUGAGACGAGCCUCCUCUGCAGGAUACCGCUUACCGGAGCGAUCCAACGGAGCCAGGCCGACAAUUACGCAGCCUCCAGCGGACAGGACGCGGCGCGCUAAGGGAGGAGACCCGGUGUGUGUGGAGCAGAGUCCGGCCAGAAGUGAUCCUGCGACCCGGGACCAGCUGUGGAGAGAGCUGGUGUGGAGUGAGAGGAGAGGCCUGAGGGAAUGGGAGAAGAACUGGAGCUUUCUCAGGGACUAUGAUCAGAUGGGACAGCUGAAGCCAGAGGAGCCAUUGCCCAGCUACACAUCACUCUUCUCCGAUCGCGUCCCCAACACCACCACCCAGAUGCUCGGUAGCAAACUGUCCACUCCACACGGGAGAGAACUGGUCAGACUGGACCGGCUGCUGCUCUGGUCUGGGAGCUAUCACAAGAGCAAGAAGGAUCCAGAGAUGCUGCCCAGCUAGAUCACUCUGGAGACGAUCUAGGAUCUCUGAACAUCAGGUUUUAUCUUUAUCUCUCAGCCAGGACUCUGCAAACUUCACAAAUAUGUCACACUCAAGUGAGUUUACAUUUACUGUUGUGGGGGUUUUAGUUUAAAGUCAAGUACAGACAUGUACAUAGAAGCCAUAUUUGCUGUCCUACAUCAGCUAAGUUUCCAGAUAAGUCAAUCAUUCAUUGAUCAUAUUUUAGUUCAUACACAGAAACUGUGUAAUGUAUUGUGUUAAAGAUAUUCACUCACCAAAUAAAGACAGAUGAGAUGGCGGAUCAAACUCGUGUCAUCUGAGCUCCAUCAACUAUUUAACCACAUACUUGAUAAUUUAACAAGAGACCUAAUCAAACUUGGAUGAGUUUCAAGGUUGUAUCGCCUCCACAUUUCUCUGUUGUGUCUACUCAAAAAGGCAGGGACCCAGAAACAAGCAAAACAAAGAACAAAAUAGAAAACAUAAAGCUUAAAAGUAUGCAAAGGGAUGUAGAGCUCAAAAAAGGCAACAUAGCAUAUCGAAUAACAUCAGCUCCAUCGAUCAAUUUAACAUUUUAAUUCUUUUGUUUACUGAUGCUGUUGGAAUAUAUUUUAUUUUGGUGAUAAAGUGGUUUUAUUUUUUUAGUUAAAAAAAGUAAAACACUGUUUACAUGUUAUUCAGGACCUAAGCCAUUGUUCCACGGAACUUCACUAAUUUUAUUUUUGUGAUUUUCAAAGAAUGUUGUGUAUCCACCUGAACUUUACAGGACAGGCAGCAUACCUCGUGUGUUUGUGCUGUUGUAGCUGCCUGAAAAAAACACCAUAUGAUGAAAUGUUGUUGUAAAUCACUGCCCCUUUGUCUAAAUUUGAAUGAAAAUGUUGUUGCCUGGUGAAUUAGAAUACGUGAUCUUCAGAUGAUCAAAGUCAACAUCUCACUGGAAUAAAGA